AUGGCAUCGGUGCAUAGUGCCCUGACAUCCGUUGUGUGCAAGAAUGGCAAUCAUUCUUCUGCAGCAAAGUUCCCGAGUACUACCUUCUUGCCUGGUUUUGAUGCUGUCGGGCGUAUUUCAAGUCCAUAUAAGAAGGAAAUAUGCCUCAAUGCCCUGAGCUCAGGUCCUAGAGCCACAUUAACCUUUGAUCCCCCAGCAACUAAUUCAGAGAAAGCCAAACCACCAAGGCACACAGUUGAUCCUGCUUCUCCUGAUUUUUUGCCUCUUCCAUCCUUUGAACAAUGUUUUCCAAAGAGCACAAAAGAACACAGGGAAGUUACUCAUGAAGAAACUGGUCAUGUGCUCAAAGUUCCCUUUCGACGAGUCCACUUGGCUGGUGAUGAACCAGCAUUUGACAACUAUGAUACCAGCGGUCCACAAAACAUUAACCCACGCGUUGGACUGCCUCAACUGCGGAAAGAUUGGAUUGAAAGGCGAGAUAAAUUAGGUGGACCAAGAUACACUCAGAUGUACUAUGCUAAGCAGGGAAUUAUAACUGAGGAAAUGUUGUACUGUGCCACUCGGGAGAAGCUUGAUCCAGAGUUUGUGAGAUCAGAAGUGGCUCGUGGGAGGGCAAUUAUCCCUUCAAAUAAGAAGCACUUGGAGCUGGAGCCAAUGAUUGUUGGAAGAAAGUUUCUGGUCAAAGUUAAUGCAAACAUUGGAAACUCUGCUGUUGCCAGCUCUAUUGAAGAGGAAGUCUACAAGGUCCAGUGGGCAACUAUGUGGGGUGCUGACACUGUUAUGGAUCUCUCUACAGGACGCCACAUACAUGAGACCCGUGAAUGGAUCCUACGUAACUCCCCUGUGCCAGUAGGGACUGUCCCCAUUUAUCAAGCACUUGAAAAAGUGAAUGGAAUUGCCGAAAAUCUUAACUGGGAAGUAUUCAGAGAAACUCUCAUUGAACAAGCUGAGCAGGGUGUAGAUUACUUCACCAUCCAUGCUGGGGUUCUACUACGGUACAUCCCAUUAACAGCAAAACGUAUGACAGGAAUUGUUUCACGAGGAGGAUCCAUUCAUGCAAAAUGGUGCUUAGCUUAUCACAAAGAGAAUUUUGCUUAUGAACAUUGGGAUGACAUACUUGACAUCUGCAAUCAAUAUGAUGUAGCCCUGUCAAUAGGUGAUGGGCUGAGACCUGGUUCCAUUUAUGAUGCCAAUGACACUGCACAGUUUGCAGAGCUCUUAACUCAGGGAGAACUGACCCGUAGGGCAUGGGAAAAGGAUGUACAGCUUGAAUGGUGUAAUGAAGCACCUUUCUACACUCUCGGUCCUUUAACAACUGAUAUUGCACCUGGAUAUGAUCACAUCACCUCUGCCAUUGGUGCUGCUAACAUUGGGGCUCUAGGCACUGCCCUUCUGUGUUAUGUAACCCCAAAAGAGCACCUUGGGUUGCCAAAUAGAGAUGAUGUGAAGGCUGGAGUUAUAGCAUAUAAGAUUGCUGCUCAUGCAGCUGAUCUAGCCAAAGGUCACCCACAUGCUCAAGCCUGGGAUGAUGCAUUGAGCAAGGCAAGAUUUGAGUUCCGGUGGAUGGACCAGUUUGCGUUGUCAUUAGACCCUAUGACUGCCAUGUCCUUCCAUGAUGAAACACUGCCAGCUGAUGGUGCCAAGGUGGCCCAUUUUUGCUCCAUGUGCGGUCCAAAGUUCUGUUCAAUGAAGAUAACAGAGGAUGUGAGGAAGUAUGCUGAAGAGCAUGGCUAUGGGAGUGCUGAGGAAGCUGUGAUACGUGGAAUGGAUGCUAUGAGUGCUGAGUUUCUUGCUGCCAAGAAAACUGUCAGCGGGGAACAACAUGGUGAAAUUGGAGGGGAAAUUUACUUGCCAGAAAGUUACGUAAAAUCCGCAGAGAGGUGA